AUGUCUAGGGAGGAUCACUCAACAAUUCGCACCAUGGACAGCGCGUCCUUUCUCGGAAUCGGUUCAUGGGAACAAGGGGUGCAAAUUGUUGCCACCGAUGAUUGCGAGAUAAUGCUCCCAACUCCAGCAUUGUUAGCCUGGACGGUCCUAGGCCGUGAGAACAGCUGGAAUUGGUUUUCAGCUUAUCCCGACCCGUGGUCCCCAUUAGGGGUGCAUCACCAGUCGGACCACGACUGGAUCGGCAGCCGAGAAAACUCUGACUUCAACGGAGAGGACUCGGAUACCAACUCGUCGUGGAGCUGCAGCUAUCUGGUCCCAGCUGCCCGCGAAUGA